UAAUUUUUAUCAGACACGGUAGCGACUAGCGGCAGGUCUACAGAGUACACUUACACCUUGUGCUUUUAAAAUUUUAACAGAAACUUUAAACUAAAGUCACAUUUGAGAUAAGAUUCAUUUGGCGGGUACCACAUGCUAAUGAUAAUCUCUUACUACACAAUAUUUUCAUCUUGCAAGCACUAGACCCUCAUCAUGGGUGUACCAGCAUUUUUCAGAUGGCUUACCAGAAAGUAUCCUUCAGUAAUUGUCAACUGCAUCGAACAGAAAUCAACCGACAUUAAUGGAGAACAAAUUCCUAUUGAUGCCUCCGAACCCAAUCCUAAUGGGGUUGAAUUUGACAAUUUAUACUUGGAUAUGAAUGGAAUAAUACAUCCUUGUACCCAUCCAGAAAACAAGCCUGCUCCAAAAAAUGAAGACGAGAUGAUGGUGGCCAUCUUUGAAUGUAUUGACCGUCUAUUCAGAAUUGUUAGGCCACGGAAACUGUUGUACAUGGCUAUAGAUGGCGUGGCACCGAGAGCUAAAAUGAACCAACAGAGGUCUAGACGUUUUAGAGCGUCUAAAGAAACUACAGAAAAAGCUGAAGAAGUUGCUCGGGUCAGACAAAAUUUACUAGAAGCUGGUGCUAUACUACCACCCGAAAAACCGAAGGGAGAACACUUUGACAGCAAUUGCAUCACUCCCGGAACACCUUUUAUGGACAACUUAUCGGCUUGCUUGCAUUAUUAUAUUCACGAUCGUUUAAAUAAUGAUCCUGGAUGGAAAGGUAUUAAAGUCAUACUGUCUGAUGCUAAUGUUCCUGGGGAAGGAGAGCAUAAAAUUAUGGACUACAUAAGAAAACAAAGAGCACAACCCAAUCAUGAUCCAAAUACACAACAUGUACUUUGUGGGGCCGACGCUGAUCUUAUUAUGUUGGGACUGGCAACACAUGAGCCUAAUUUUACCAUCAUUCGAGAAGAAUUCAAACCCAAUCAACCGAGACCAUGUGAUAUGUGUGGUCAAAUGGGACAUGAAAUGAAAGAUUGUCAAGGUUUAGAACAAGAAGUAUUUAACGAUGGAUCGUCUGGCAUAGCUUUUUCUAGUGAUGUACAAUUUAUAUUUGUGCGUUUAAACGUUUUACGUGAAUAUUUAGAAAGGGAAUUGGAAAUGCCGAAUUUGCCAUUUGAAUAUGAAUUUGAAAGAGCCAUUGAUGAUUGGGUUUUUAUGUGUUUUUUUGUGGGUAAUGACUUUUUGCCACACUUACCCUCAUUAGAAAUACGGGAAAAUGCUAUCGACAGGCUAGUAGCUCUCUACAAAAAAACAGUGUACAAAACUGGGGGAUUUUUAACUCUUAAUGGUGAUGUGAAUUUAGACAGAGUACAACUAAUUAUGUCCGAUCUAGGCUUAGCUGAAGAUGAAAUAUUUAAAAAAAGGCAGCAAACUGAAAAAAUGUUUGCUGACAGGAAUAAAUUUAGGAAAAGACGUGAAAAACGAGAGAAAUUACAACGUUCAAAUAGUGCACCCAAUUUUGUUUUAGGAGGUCAAUACCAACCCAUGGCACCAAAUGCAGCGUUUUCAGUUGCUAACCCAAAACAAACAAUUGAUGACAUGAGACGUCAAAGUAUGGGAAAUGAUAAUAAUCAAGGACAAAAACGUAAAAGGGAAGAUGAUGAUUCAUCAGAAGAAGAACAGACACCCGAUGAAGUACGCCUGUGGGAAGAUGGUUUUAAAGAGCGUUAUUAUGAAUCAAAAUUUGAUGUCGAUAGAACAAACAGUGAAUUUCGGCAUUCAGUUGCUUUGGAAUAUGUACGUGGUUUAUGUUGGGUUCUUCAAUACUAUUAUCAAGGUUGUCCUUCAUGGAAGUGGUAUUUCCCUUACCAUUAUGCACCUUUUGCUUCAGAUUUUGCUAAUAUAGCAUCGGUAUUAACAAAAUUUGAAAAGGGAACCAAACCAUUCCGACCAUUAGAACAACUUAUGAGUGUUUUUCCAGCAGCCAGUAGCAAACAUGUACCCCAACCUUGGGCUAUAUUAAUGAGUGACCCGGAAUCGCCUAUUAUUGAUUUUUAUCCAGUCGACUUUAAAAUUGACCUAAAUGGAAAGAAAUUUGCUUGGCAAGGUGUAGCACUACUGCCAUUUGUUGACGAAGGACGACUUCAUAAAGCUCUUGAACCUUAUUAUGACAUGUUGACACCCGAAGAAAUACGUCGUAAUGUCAGAGGUAGUGAUCGCUUAUACAUUCAAGAAGACAAUUCAAAGUAUGGACUGCUCAAAGAUCUUCAUUUAAAUAAAGAUAAUUUUAACAAUUUUACUUCAGUACUAAUUGAUGGGAUGGAAGGAAAAGUUAAGACCGCUGAUGACUGUGUUAAAAUUGGAGGAUCUCUUCCAUCACCUGUUAUGGGAUUGAAUGUCAUAAGAUCGAAUAAAGUUAUAUGUGUGAAAUUUGAAGAUCCGAUAUAUGGUGACGAUUAUGUUUAUGAAGCAAAUAGACUGAAAGGAGUUGUAGAACCACCAAGAGUAUUAAAACCUAAACACAUGUCUGAAGAAAAUUCAAGGUCUUGGAGACCUAGGAUUGGUAUGACUCAACCGUAUCAGAGAGGCCGACUUGAUGUUUCAGGGCAUAGAACAUUAUCACAUUAUGUUCCAAGGAAUCCUGGUCAAUAUAACGCUGUUCCUCCUCCACAAAGAUUUAGUAGCAGAAACAACUCUUGGCAACCAGACUAUAACAAUUCUAGACGUCCGAACCAUAAUCAAGGUUACAAUUCCCAACAGUUGAAUCAAAAUAAUUAUUCACAAAACAACUUUAAUUCUAAUAACUAUCGUAACAACACAAAUUUCCCAAACAAAAAAUAUAAUCAUAGUUCAACCAGUAGUGGUUUAAAUCCAAAUUAUAGUACUCACUAUUCACCUGUGCAACAGCAAGCUAGCAAUAACCGGACUGGAUAUUUUACAGGCGGCUAUCAAGCUAACAACUCUAUGCCAAGACAAGCUUUUAAUGGAAAUACAGAACCAACAAGGGAUAGACCAAAUAUUCGUUAUCAGCCAUAUGAUCCUGUCACUCAAAGAACAAAAUUUUGAAAACUACAAAUUAUUUUAUAGGGUGGUCCAAGGCCUCCAGGUUACAAUCAACACCGUAACUACUGACCAAAUGAAAACACGUUUUUAACUAUACAAUGAAUAGCAAACAAAUUCCACCCAUUUUUAAUUAGUACUUUUGUCAACAAUAUUAUUGUUUUACUUAAAAAAAAAUUUAACAUUUUACAAUUUUAUUAUUAUUUAUUUUCAAGACAAAAUUAUAGGUAAAAUUAACUUUUAAAUAUUAUUGUGUUCUUUCAAUAAUUGUAUUAUUUACAUACAUUUAUGUAGGGUUUUUUUUAUGUGAUGUUAAAUUACCAGUGUCUUGUGAGAAUUUACUUGUUGUAAAAUGAAAUUAUUGAUACAUGAAAAUGGAGUAAAUAUUGUUACAUUUAAUGAAAAAAAUUGUAAAACAAUUUGUAAAAACAUCUGGAAAAUGCUUUAUGAUAAAUAUAUAUAUCUUCUGUACUUAAA